CUGAGGAAAAUUCAGAGGCAGAGGCAGUCGUGUGGGCUGCUAUUUAGUAAAUUCAUCAGUUUAUGCCGCAGAUUUUUUGUGUUGGAAAACUUUCAUUGCAAGGAUUUAAAAAGAUUAAAGAAAAUGGAUAGACAUCCUGACAGCUUCCCGCUAGGAAAUGUAACCAUUGCGAUUGCCGGGAUUGAUUUCUUUCGAGUCCUAGAAAAAAAUUCGAAGACAAUGUCACAAAAAAUUCGAAAAUAAUGUGACCAAGGGCAACCGCAACUAAGGCGCCCAUUAGUGACGGAAGUGAAGAGGUGGAGUGCGGCACACGCGGCAGCGGUCUAGGGGUGAAGAAGAAGGGCAUAGGUGUGAGUUUAUGGCUACUAUCUGACAUGGGGUAAUACCCCCGUGCAGUCGGAAUGCGGAAAUAUCGACAUGGAUAUGGAGCUUUCAAAAUUAGACCGGGCUAAUGAUGGAGAAAUUCGACAAUUUGUAGAUGAAAACUCCUUUCCAGAAUGUCCUGAUACAAAAAUUGAUGAUUUGAAGGUUGAGAUGAAUGCCUUCAACAAUGGUCCAAAAGUUUUGCCAUUUGAAUUUAGAGCAUUGGAAGCCUGUCUUGAAGCUGCAUGUAGCUCCCUGGAGUCUGAGACUGUAGCUCUAGAAGGAGAGGCAUAUCCAGCAUUAGAUGAGUUGACAUCUAAAAUCAGUACUCUCAAGCUUGAAAGAAUCAGACAGAUCAAAAGCCGUUUGGUUGCAAUAUCUGGUCGUGUUCAAAAGGUUAGAGAUGAAUUAGAGCACUUGCUUGAUGAUGAUGGGGAUAUGGCUGAGAUGUAUUUAACAGCUAAGUUGAUGCAAAAACUGGAUGGGGUCUGUUCUCCCACCUCUUUUCCUGGUGCUAGAGGUAGAGAGGAGCAUGAGCUGGCUCAUUCUGAUGCAGAGGACGAAAGUGGUGUUGAAGUUUUGAAUGGCACAUUCAAUUCAUUAGGUGGAGAUAAGGAGAGCAGCACAAGUAGUAGAGUCCACAGUGGUACUAAGGGUCUUGACGUGGAGGAGUUGGAGAUGCUUUUGGAGGCUUACUUUGUCCAGAUUGACGGAACCCUUAAUAAGCUAUCAGUACUGAGAGGGUAUGUUGAUGAUACGGAGGAUUACAUCAAUAUUAUGCUGGAUGGCAAGCAAAAUCAUCUUCUUCAAAUGGGUGUCGUGUUGACAACAACUACUCUUAUUAUCAGCUUAUUUGUUGUUGUAGCAGGAGUAAUGGGCAUGAACGUCAGGAUUUCGUUAUUUAAUACUGGCUUUCCACAAUGGUUGCAGAUUGUUAUUGGUAGUACAAUAAGUUGUAUAUUCCUUGACAUUGUAGCAAUUGCAUGGUUUAAACAUAAACGAUUAGUGUAAACAGCGGCUGCUUAUGUUGUAAUUACUUGUUAUUCCAAGGACGUCAUGUAAUUAUUAUUAUUUAAAAUUUUUCUACUCAAAGCUCAGAGUUUACUACUUAUAUAAGUCUAAUGCAUUGUACUUGUUCAUCAGUCGUUAUUUCAGUUUUCUCUUAAAUUGUGAGAAGUUAACAAGCAAACCCGUUGAUGUUUUGUUGAGGGAUCAACAUCUAUAUUGAAUUGUAAAGCUAUGUUUAAGACAGUAAAAUCUUUAUAAAUGAAUGGUUUGCAAGCAAAGUUUAAACC